UACCAGCUUUGAUAGUUGCUCAUGGUCAUUGAGCUGGAAAGGAGUAAAAUUGUCAAGAGUUUGCCUAAUUGGCUUCAGAAUCAAAAAGAUUUUACCGUGAAUUUGAAAACUUUGGCGACACACCUCCUGGAAUUCGAUCAACUCCAUUUUGGGUCCUUAUUCAAAAUGUUAGGUACCCCUCUCAAACUGUUUUUAAGAUUUUUAACGUGUUUAACGAAUACGCACAGGCACAGGGCAGCUGCCGAUUUCGCAGCGAGGUAGCAAAACACUGCAGUUUGUUUUGAUGGUUUUGAUGCGCACAAGGUUGAAGUUAGCCCAAAAGGAAGCGUGUUUACCUACGCCUAUAACAAAAAAUCAGUCUACGAUUCGCAACAAAACUAAAACUUUUCCAUCGAUUAACGCGAGAAAGUUAGUGGCCGAAUAAACCCAGAAAACAUGGAACCGGAUGUGGAACUACAAGCCCUCCAAACAGCCUGUCGGUUGUGUUUAAGACGAGUGCCCGUUGUUCGAGAGUUUUUUUCCGAACCGCGAGUCGCGGAAAGCUUUUUCCAAGUGUUCAAAUUUUCGUUAUCUCAAAAUGGUCAAUUGUCGACCAAGAUAUGCGAACCAUGCUGUGGCAACAUAAUUCUUUGGAAUGACUACUCGAAAAUGGUGGUGCGGAACCAAGCGCAUUUGAAUUCAUUGCUAGUAAGAUCGGAGAAAGAGAAACAAUGGAUCGAAAUCGAAGAAAUUGUUCAACCAAAACUGGAGCCAAAUAACGAUGUACCAACAGAAGAAAGCCUACCUAUCGGUGAUAAUCAGAUGAUUGCAGAAAAUGGUUUGAACGGGAACGAGCCCUGCACAAGCUCCUCUAAUCAGCAGGUUCCGAUGGUUGUGGAAAAUUGUUCAAAGGACAGCACCAGCUCUUCUAACCAUCUGAAUUCUUUACAACUAGUCCCUGGUUCCAUACAGCCAUACAGUCAUCGAUGCGAAAAAUGUGAUAAGAGUUUUUCCCUAAAAGUUUUCUUAGAGAAACACAAACAAAAGCAUUCCUUGCCAAAUCCAGCUGACAUCAGGAAACAAAAUGGAACAAGUAAAAAGUUCCACAUGCCCGUUAGUUUGUUUGAAGAACUUCGCAAGCUGAAAGCCUCACCACAAGUCGAAGAGCAUCCUUGCGAUUACUGUGGUGUCUCGUUCCGUUUGGGUGCAGCCUUGAACAAACACCGACUACGGCACCUGGAGCAGCAAAACCAAAUGCCAGUAGAGAAACAAAACAUUCGCUGUUUUCUUUGCCACAAACAGUUUGAAUCUCUAUCCAAGCUGUACUCGCACGUAUCGUCUGCCCACAAUCAUCUGAAACAGCGGAACGAUGAAAAGGUUCAGUGCCAGGUUUGCCGGCAGUGGUACAAAAACGCUAGCUCUCUGUCACAUCAUAUGCAAAAUUUCCAUGACGUUCGAGGUUUCGACUGCAGCGGCUGCAACAUGUCCUUCGCCAUACUGGACGAUCUGACGACGCACCGUCGCGAUGUGCACCAGAACCAAUUCGGUUAUACCUGUCCUAAGUGCCGGGAAGUUUUCCUCAGUUCGAAAACAUUCCGGCGGCAUUUGCAGCGGUCCCACGGUCAACGAGUUAUGUACCGGUGCGAACAGUGUGGGGAGGAGUUUUUCUACGAAGCCAGCUACCGGAAGCACCAGCAGGAAAUGCAUCCGAAACCGGUGGUGCAUCCGAUACCGGAAGAGCACCGGAAGCAGGAAGUGCAGCCGAAAAAUGAGAACCACUGCGCCAAUGGUGCCGCCGCCGAUGAAGACGACGAAUUCGGACUGGAAGUUAUGUACGAAAAACAUUUGUAAGACAUUAUUCUGUCUGUGUGGUCGAUGGACGGCACUUUAAUUUAAGAUUGCUUUAAGAUUUGUUUUAAUACGCAACU